CGCAUGGCCAGCUGUGCAUGGCAAGACGCAGUCCGUCCUGAACUGAAUUCUGGACUGCUUCCAACCCUCCGAGAGAAAUAGAGAGAGCAGCGGGAGGAAGACACAACCAAGUCUUUCGCUGCUUACUGGACGUGGGGCUCGGCGCAGCAUGGCUUCGAGCGACGCAGGGCUAUCGCGGCAGCAUCGAGACAGCCCGACAGCAGCAGCUGCUGCCGCCGGUGAGCGUGUUGUGCCGGGUCAAUCCAACAGUAGCACCUCGUCAACAGGACUGCGUGCCGUUCAGCCUCAGCCGCAGCGACGUCCACGUCCUCGCAUCGCAGGUCAAGGAGGUGGUUCGACCAUCUUGGUUAACUCGCGGCAGCGUGGCAAUCCCGUGUUGAAAGGGAUCAAGAAUGUCGGAUGGGAAUUUGCCGACAUUGUGCCAGACUACCAGGUCGGAGUCACGAGCGGUGUCCUGUUCCUUAGUCUACGCUAUCAUCGCUUGCAUCCCGAAUACAUCCAUCAACGCAUCUCCACACUCGGAACCAUGUUCUCCUUGCGCAUUCUGCUUGUGCAGUGUGACGUGAAUGACCAUCAGCCGGCCAUCAAGGAGCUCACCAAGAUUGCGCUGAUCAACAAUCUCACCAUGAUGUUGGCUUGGACACCUGAGGAUGUUGGGCGGUACAUCGAGACGUAUAAGGCGUUUGAGCACAAGCCUCCAGACAUCAUCAAAGAGCGCGUGGGCGACGAUUAUCUCUCCCAACUCAAUAGCGUCCUCACCAGCGUGCGUGGUGUCAACAAGACGGAUGUCAUGACCCUCACGAGCAACGUUGGAUCCUUGAAGCGCAUUGCGCAGACGGACACCGACGAGCUGAACAACCUCCCGGGAUUUGGCGAUAUUAAGGUCAAACGGCUACGAGAGGCAUUCAGCCAGCCCUUCCGCGUCGGAGAGGGACGCACGAUGAGGCAACGAAAAGCGCAGGAGGCGCUCGAGGCAGCUGAAAGAGGCGAGGAGCUGCCCGGUAUGAGCUAUCGCUCGCUGAGUCGUGCGCCUGCUCGCAUGAGCGCCUUGCCGCGCGAAGAAGAAGAAGAUACCCUAGAACUAUUCCACGCUGCAGCAGACGAUGUUUUGCAGCCCACAGCAGCGGCUUCUAAGGUCGCUCUAACGAGCACAGUGCGUGUUGGCUCGUCGUCAGGGGCCGUAACAGCCGCUAAAGGGGCUGUGGGGUCAAUCGCGAAUGACACGAGUUCGAGUACAGGAGCGAGCAACGCUGCUUUACGCGCAGCUGCUGCAUUCCGUGAUGUCGACUUUAGCCCAUCCAAAGGCAAAGGAAAGGCAGCGUUUGCAUGGGAAGAUUCGCAGCGGGGCACGGUGCGAGCUGGUGGCCCAGAAUUUCUCGCUGCGUCAGCUACGGCUGUCACAGCGGGUAAUCAGCAGUGCGAGAUCUCCACCCGCCGACAAACGGCGCACGCCAUGCUCGCGCAUCAAGUAGCGAGCCGUACAGCAGCAGGCGGAGGUGGUACAGGUACGGACACCAUGGCUCUGUCAGACGACGCGACACUGUGGAGCGAGAUGCAGCUCGACGAUGGUGACGGUGAUGAAGACGCUGCUCGCGAGCUGGCGCUGGAGGACUUUGAGAACCUCACAGAGGAAGAUCAGCUGAAGAUGGCGUUGGCUAUGAGUACCGGCUCAUAGCGCGCAUGGUCUGGUGGAGCACUUGCUAUGUAUGCUGCCGAUUGAAGAGCUAGGCUCAUGGUAUGCACGUCAUCUUAGCAAUGCAAGGAAGUUGCCUGCUGGCGGAGCGGACCCAAUAGCAACAGCGUAAGUGCAAGGCGUUAGUACGGAACCUCUGGUGUUGCAACAUAUAAUACAGAUGCGGGAGCGUUUGGAUGGGAUAUGCUGAAUAUGGACGAGGUUAAGGGAGGGCUCAAUGCGCAGGAUACGGGGCGGAAGGCGAACAAGUAGAGCAUGCGGGCCCUGCUCAUUUGGAAAGCAAAAGCACGCCAUUCACACAGCCGUCGUUCUCCGGGUUAUUAGUGA